AUGGUUUCCCCAGCCAUCGCCUUGGCCUUCCUCCCCUUCGUGGUCACCCUCCUCAUCCGUUACCGCCACUAUUUCCGGCUCUUCUACCGGGCGGUGCUGGUCCGGCGGCUGCAGGACUACCUGACCGGUGUCCCUCAGGAGGAGAGGGCCUUCCAGUACGUCUUGACCCAUGCCAUCCCUGGGGACCCCCAGCACCUCCUGGAAACCUUUGACCACUGGAGCAUCCACUGCGAGUACCUCAGCAACCUGGGCCCCCAAAAAGCCAAGAUCCUGGAGCGUCUGAUCUAUGAGAAAGCUCCCCUCACAGUCCUGGAGUUGGGCACGUACUGCGGCUAUGCCACCAUUGUCAUUGCACAGGCACUGCCGCUGGGCGCUCGGAUCUACUCUGUGGAGAUGGACACCCGCAAGGCUGCCGUGGCCGAGAAGGUCAUCCGCCUGGCUGGCUUUGACGAUGAUACGGUGGAGCUCAUUGUGGGACCCUCGGAGGACAUCAUCCCCCAGCUGAAAGAGAAGUAUGGCUUGCUCAGAGCUGACCUGGUCUUCAUGGACCACGGGAUCCGAGGCUACUUGCGUGACCUGCAGAUGCUGGAGGCCCACGACCUUCUACCUGAGGGGGCCACUGUCCUGGCGGACAACAUCAUCUUCCCGGGGGCCCCCCGCUUCCUACAAUACGCAAAGGCCUGCGGGAAGUACAAGUGGAGGGUGCACAGGACCAGCCUGCCAUACUUCCGGGGCAUUCCAGAUGGGAUGGCGCAGCUCACGUACACCGGGCUGCAGUGA